AUGCCUUCCUCCACUUCCUCUUCCCCGCGUCAUCGCUUCAUUCCAGUCCAGGCUGCCAAUGUCCUCCUAUUCCUGAUCGGCUUUCGUCUCCUGAAUGCGCUCACCGUCCGCACCUUUUUCCAGCCAGAUGAAUUCUUCCAAUCUCUUGAGCCGGCUUGGCAGGUUGCCUUUGGGAAAAACCAGGGAACCUGGAUAACGUGGGAAUGGCAGCACCAACUUCGAUCCUCACUACAUCCCCUCCUUUUCGCCGCAAUAUAUAAAGCUACUGACUUCUUCUCAUCCAUCUUGACUCUCCCAUCCACGAGGCGUGCAGAGCUGUUGAUCGCUAGCCCGAAAACUGCGCAGGCUGUGCUAUCGGCAGUCAGUGAUUUCUAUACCUGGAAACUCGCGAGUCGUAUCUAUGGCAAAGGUUCUCGUGACGCUUGGGCAACAUUAAUUGUCACAAUGAUCAGUCCUUGGCAAUGGUUCUGCUCAACAAGAACCCUAUCGAAUUGCCUGGAAACAACAUUGACCAUUGUAGCGUUGGACUUGUGGCCAUGGACAUGGUCGGCUAAUUCCAUGGCCAAUAAUACUCAUGAAAUCACUGGUCAUGAGAAAACCGAAGCUAAAAAUACUGAGCUCCUACGGAAUCUUCGCCGAUGUCUGUCGCUGGCGGCAGUUGCCUGUGUUCUUCGCCCAACUAACAUCAUAAUAUGGCUGGUUUUGGCCGCAGUCGCUUGGCUACAAAGUUCCUGGGAUCAGCGCAAAAUUCUCGUGCGUGAGGUUCUGUUUUGCGGAUCCUCGACCUUGACAAUUUCGGCUGUUGCGGAUCGUUUUUUCUACGGAUUAUGGACUUUUCCUCCACUGCGCUUUCUAUACUUCAAUAUUGCUCAGUCUCUCGCAGUGUUCUACGGGCGCAACAACUGGCAUUACUAUGUGACGGAGGGCUAUCCGCUACUCCUCGCCACUUUGAUUCCAUUCGCUAUUCCAGGUCUGUAUCUCACAUUGACUACUCGGGAGUCUCCAGCUUCCAAUCGAGAGCAGACUAAUAUCAGAGUGCAAUUGGCAAUGAUUUGCGCCUUCAUGCCAUUUGUCCUAUCCUUUAUCUCGCACAAGGAAGUCCGCUUCAUCUACCCUUUACUACCAUCCCUACAUAUAUUGGCUGCGCCUCGCUUGGUGCAAUUCUUCUGGCCAGCUUUUACCUCGAACUCCCACGCCUAUACUCCGAAGCGGCUAACGCUUCUGUUCCUCGUAUUCGUCAAUGGAUUUAUUGCGCUAUACAUCUCUAUAUAUCAUGCCUCUGGGCCAUUGAAUGUUCUCGAAUACAUCCGUCGUCAGCACGAAACCCAUAUCUUAUCACACAAUAUGGUCACUCCUUCAUCCUCCGUGUCUCCCGCGCCUGAGUCUGGGAUUACAGUUGGGUUUUUAAUGCCUUGUCACAGCACUCCAUGGCGCUCUCAUAUGGUCUACCCCUCCAUCAAUGCGUGGGCCCUCUCCUGCGAGCCCCCAAUUGGCCUCAACGAGACACAAAAGGCCACCUACCGCGAUGAAGCCGACCAGUUCUACGAUGACCCCGAUGCCUUUUUACGCCAGAAUAUGGUUGAUGGACUUCGCCAUCUACCUCACCGACCAAGCUAUGUGACUGGGUCUCAAUCCCUGGCUAGGUUUCCCGACAGUCCAACACUUCAUGAGUGGCCUGAUUACCUCGUCUUUUUUGCCCAGCUCGAGCCCACCAUGCAUGAGCUCAUCGGAUUCUCUUCUUAUCGAGAAUGCUGGCGCACCUGGAACACCGCCUGGCAUGACGACUGGCGCCGUCGCGGGGACAUUGUGGUUUGGUGCCUGGACCCUGCUGAGCAGGGAGCAUGGCGUUCACAAACACAGCGUCAUGCGCAGGAAAUCCGGGAUCGUCAGUUCGAUCGCAUCAUGACCGCAAUCAAACAAAACGCGGGUCCCCAACAAGAACGUGGAUGGAAGUCUUCCAUCACAGGUCUCCUUCCUUGGUCUUCACCGCAUUGCCCUCUAUCAUUUGCGUCGCUGCAGCGCACUGCGCAGUCACUCUUCACAUCCCGGUCCUCGAGUCCUUGGCCAUGGGGUAAACGCUCUCGUAUGGAUUCUUUCCUAGCUAAUUUUCGGCGUAAAAGCACAAGCUUACAAGAUCUGAUCCCGUCUCGGUCUCCCUCUCCCUCUCCCUCUCCCUCUCCCUGGUCCUGGCCGGAGUGGUUGGGUGGUCCAGUUAAGAGAAAAACCAGUAAACGAGAGCGUGGGCUAUAG